UUUAGGGGAUGUAUUGCUUUCUUAUGAUUUUUUUUAACAAUUUACUGUGUUCCUUAAGGUCUUGGUUUCUUAAUGUGGUGUUACAGAGGGAUAUUUGACCAUUUCUAUCAAUUCUUGGGAGGUAAAAAAGAUUGGAUGGAUGUACAGUAAAUAUCACAUGCAGUCAAAUUGGGAUGGAGUUCCCGAGUAGUAGGGAUGGUAUUGACUAAAGAAAGGGAAGUUUUUUACAGCACUGGCACUAUGUAAAAAGAGAUGGCUGGGAAGUGCGUUACUCUCUGUGAUCUACUUCUGAACCUGAUUGCCUCUAUACAAAGGUGCCGUGUAAAUUACUGUCUGAUGGAAUAGUGAACUGGCAGUGGACGAGCCUGUUUGAACAUUUUCUACAGAGAUAUCAAUCAGCAGCACAGUGCCUGAGGAGAGGAGGUCACCAUGAUCUCCACAGCGCUCCGCUGGCUGGUUCUUCCGGCUUUUAUCAUUCUGACCAUCGGUGGGAACGUGAUGGUGUGUUUGGCUGUGGUACUCAGCCGCCGACUGUGGCGCAUAGCUAACUGCUUCGUGGUGUCGCUGGCGGUCACUGAUUUCCUGCUAGGCCUGCUGGUGCUGCCUCUCUCUGCCACGGUGGAGCUGCGCAGCGGAAAAUGGCCCCUUGGAGGAGCCCUGUGUAACAUCUACAUCUCACUGGACGUCCUGCUGUGUGCAUCCUCCAUCCUGACCCUGGUGGCCAUCAGUGUGGACCGAUACCUAGCCAUUUCAGCCCCCCUUAGCUACCCCCGGAGAGUUACCCGUCUAAGGGUGACACUGGUCAUGAUAGCCAUCUGGGCCUUGUCACUAGCUGUGUCCUUUGUGCCCAUCCACCUGGGCUGGAACACAGCGGACUACAGAGUGCAGCAUUUAGACUGGGGCAUGGGGGAUGAGGAGGAGGGACACUACUGCCAGUUUGAAUGGAAUAACAACUAUGUUCUCGUUUAUGCCUUUGGCUCAUUUUACCUGCCUCUGCUGCUUAUGUGUGGAAUGUAUCUUUGCAUAUUCAGAGUGGCACAGGAACAGGUGCGGCGUAUUCGUGCUGCCACUCCGUCGUUUGCACGCACAGCAUCGACUGCAGCCAUAGCCCGGGAGCACAAAGCUACAGUGACCCUGGUCGCUGUGCUGGGGGCCUUUGUCAUCUGCUGGUUCCCCUACUUCACUUUUUUCACCUGCAUGGCCAUAAAGGCAAAGACAAACCCCCCCAACACACUUAAGUCUGUGGUGCUGUGGCUGGGCUAUUUUAACUCGGCUCUUAACCCCAUCCUGUAUCCAGCCUUCAACAGGGAUUUCCGCAAGGCCUAUGGAGAGCUGCUUCGCUACAGUCGACCGUCUCGCAGAAAACUGCAACUUACUCGUGUGUCCGAGCAUAAACCAUUGACCUUUACUAAUGGGCAACAGUCUGAGAAACAUAUAGACUUGGUUAAUAACACAACGGAGGGGACGAGCCUCACUUUACAUGAGAGAAACGGUUUCCCGAUUGAGCCAAGGUGAACUGCUUUGGAUCUGUUGUUCUUCUGCUGGACUAUAGACUGGCAGCAAUAUGUUGGGAAUUACAAAUUGCUCCACUACUCACAGUACCGGAUUAGCUAACCAUUUACGGUAUCACUUAGAUGUUUAGUAUAGUGCCAAAGAUCAUGUGUAAGACUCAAGACACAAUACGAUGAAUGUAUGAAGCAUGUUUGUUUGUACUGGAUGCAUGAAGCAAAUCCAAUGUUCUUUA